UAUUUCUUUUCGAGUAUUGCACAUAUGUACUUUGAUGUUAUCACUUCUGCCUCACGCUUUCUGUACAAAUGUGAAGGUAUCCUCCUGGUCAUGGGGAUGUGUUCUCUGCCUUGAUGAACAGCGGCAAACUGGAUGCUUUAUUAGCAAAGGGUAAGGAGUAUGUCUUCGUCGCCAACUCAGAUAACUUGGGUGCUGUUGUUGACCUGAACAUCUUAAAUCAUUUGAUCAAAAACAAGAAUGAAUACUGUAUGGAGGUGACUCCUAAAACCUUGGCAGAUGUCAAAGGUGGUACCCUUAUUUCCUAUGAAGGGAGAGUUCAGCUCCUGGAAAUUGCACAGGUUCCUGAUGAGCAUGUCAGUGAAUUCAAGUCUAUUGAGAAGUUCAAGAUUUUCAACACGAAUAACUUGUGGGUAAAUUUGAAGGCCGUUAAAAGGCUUGUAGAAGCUGAUGCACUAAAAAUGGAGAUCAUUCCGAACCCUAAGGAAGUGAAUGGGGUCAAGGUUCUUCAGCUGGAGACUGCAGCAGGUGCAGCAAUUCGGUUCUUUGAUAAAGCUAUUGGAAUCAAUGUUCCCCGAUCUCGUUUCCUUCCAGUUAAGGCGACGUCUGAUUUGCUUCUUGUCCAGUCUGAUCUCUACACCUUAGCUGAUGGCUUUGUAACCCGUAACAAAGAUAGAAGCAAUCCUUCAAAUCCCACUAUCGAAUUGGGGCCAGAGUUCAAGAAGGUUAGCAACUUCCUUAGUCACUUUAAGGCCAUUCCAAGCAUCAUUGAACUUGAUAGCUUGAAGGUCAGUGGUGAUGCCUGGUUUGGUGCUGGCAUAAAACUGAAGGGGAAUGUGACCGUUGCUGCAAAACCUGGAGUGAAAUUAGAAAUUCCUGAUGGAGUUGUACUUGAGAACAAGGUUAUCAAUGACCCCAAGGACAUUUGAGGUGGAAGGCUUCUUAAUUUUGUUGAGUGUACCUAUCUUGAAUCAUUAAGGCUGUAAGCAAUAUUUUUUUUUCCAGCUUCACUGGAUGAGUUGUGUAGGAUCGAGGAAUGUUUGGAUAAUAACUAAUAAUAAAAAGAGGAUGAUUUUGUUGUAAUGAGCCUUGCCUUUUGGUGGACGCAAGCAAUCAUAAUAUAUCAGUUCCCCAUCGCUGCA